UAACCUAUGAAAAUUAAAAGCAGAGUUCAAACAUAACCAUUUUAUCAUAUAUUGCUGUAAAAUUAAAAAAUCAAAACAGGAUGAAAAAUGAAUUGUAUUUGGAGACUCACACAUCUAAACAAAAUUAUGAUAAAACAUUAGUAUUGAAAGUGUCCUUAGAGUCACUUAUUACAUAUUGUGUAUAUAAAUACUGUAUUCCUCUUGAUAUAAAACUUUACUUUGUGCAUACAACGGACAGCAGUGAUAAAACAUUAUUGAAUUUGAAAGCAGAAUGUAUUGAUUUUAUCGAUAAAGACAAUAUUGCUUGGCAAGUAGCUGCAUGUUUGUAUCCAGUUAUAUUAUUUGAUGAUACAAUAAUUACUGGUCUCUGUGCUGUUUCUAGACAUAUUUGUAGACACAGAACAUCUGCUCACUCUUCUCAUGAGUAUGACGAUGGAUUACUUAGUUUUAGAAAAGGUUGUCUUCAAGCACCAAAUGAAGUGUCAAUAUGGACAAAAUUCUGUGAAGUGGAUUUGAUAAAAACUGUAAAGGAAUUACUUAGUAAGGAAAAGUUAGACGAAAUACCAAAAAGUUUGAUUAGGUUUGAAAAUCAUUUAAAUAAACCUGUGAAACUUCAUAAUAUAUUUAAAGUAGCAAGAGAGUUAAAAAAGGAAAAUAUAAAAACUGAGGACAAUGUUGAACAUAAAAACAGUAGUAGUGCAGAUAUAAAUAUAGUGAAAGAUGAAGCCAGAAUGCCCAAACAUAGAAAAUGGAAGUCAAAUAUUAAGAAAAAAUCUGAAAUGGAUAUGCCACUCAAAAUAGAAGAUCUUGACUUGAAUCAUCAAUUUGCCGAAGGACCAUUUCUUACCCUAGCUGACUUAGUAUUACUUCCGUCAUAUUAUAUAAUUGUACAAGUAAUUGGUAAAGAUAUAUUUGAAUCUCUACUCCCAUUGACAUAUAAAUGGUUUUUAAAAGUUACAAAUAUUAAAGAAGUGAUUAACUUAGAACUUUUUUUACAAACAAUUAAAACCUUACCUUUACCUUCAAUAAAAAGUUUAGAAAUACCUAAAAUAGAAGAUGUUAGUCUUUACAAAUCAGAUCCAAAAAGGCACAAUCCUAAAAGACGUUUGUUCACUAAGCCUGAAGAUAUAGACAAAGCUCUAGAUGUUAUUGAAGAUGGAAUGGAAUUAGAUGUAAGUAGUUUAGAAUUUGAGACAGCUGUUGACUGGAAUGAGAUUCCGGAUGGAGCAAAUCCCGCAGCAGGCCAUUUACCAGAUGAAAGGGUUAUAAGAAAAUCCCAACAAUUAGAGAACUUAUGUCAAGCAGUGCUCUCCAUGGCAAAGGAUGGAAAUUAUAUUGUGGAUUUCUGCAGUGGCAGUGGACAUUUAGGGAUACUUGUUGCUCAUCUCCUACCAAAAUGCACAAUUAUAUUACUGGAAAAUAAGGAACAAUCUCUUUUAAGAGCAAGAGAUAGAGUACACAACAUGGGCCUAAAAAAUGUUUAUUUUUUUCAAUGCAAUUUAGACUUCUUUAUAGGAAAGUUUGAUAUAGGAAUUGCUUUACAUGCAUGUGGGAUUGCAAGUGACUUGGUUUUAGACAAAUGUUUAAACUCAAAUGCCAAAUUUAUUUUAUGCCCAUGUUGUUAUGGCUCUGUUCAUGCAACUGAUAGGCUUGUUUAUCCAAGAAGUUCUAGAUUUAAAAAUAUGACUAUUGAUCAAUAUUUAUGUAUUGGACACACAGCUGACCAAACUCAUAAAGAGCAUCCUUUGACUGUAAGAGGUGAAAGAUGUAUGGCUAUAAUCGAUUCCGAUCGUGCGAGGUUGGCUGAAGAACAUGGAUACAAAGUAACAUUAUCCAGAUUGAAACCUUUAUCAUGUACUGAUAAAAAUAAUUUACUAAUUGGCGUACCAUCUUAAGGAGAAGGUUUGGAGCUUAUUCCACCACACUGCUCCAAUGCGGGUUGGUAGAAUUCACAUGUGGCAGAAUUUCAGUGAAAUUAGACACAUGCAGGUUUCCUCACGAUGUUUUCCUUCACCGUAAAGCACGAGAUGAAUUAUAAUCACAAAUUAAGCACAUGAAAAUGCAAUGGUGCUUGCCCGGGUUUGAACCCACGAUCACCUUCUCCUCACAAAAGAGGAGAGGAGGCCUUUAGCCCAGCAGUGGGACAUUCACAGGCUGUUACGGGGUACCGUCUUAAAAUAAAACUAGAUAUAUAAUUAAGAAAACAUGUUUAUUAUAAAAAAAUAUAUUAACAUAAUUUUUUACUA